AUGAGUUCUCCUUCUCAGCCCCCUAACCCUCCAAGACGUUCAGGGACUAAAAUCCCUGAUCCCAAAGCUGUUUUCUCCAAAUCAAGGCCACCUCCUUCGACUCAGACCCCUAACCCUCCAACAGCUUCAGGGACUAAAAUCCCUAAUCCCAAGGCUGUUUUCUCCAAAUCAAGGCCACCUCCUUCGACUCAGACCCCUAACCCUCCAACAGCUUCAGGGACUAAAAUCCCUAAUCCCAAGGCUGUUUUCUCCAAAUCAAGGCCACCUCCUUCCACUCAGACCCCUAACCCUCCAACAGCUUCAGGGACUAAAAUCCCUAAUCCCAAGGCUGUUUUCUCCAAAUCAAUGGCACCUCCUUCCACUCAGACCCCUAACCCUCCAACAGCUUCAGGCAUUACCAUCCCUCAUCCCCAGGACAUGUUCUCCCCCACAUCAUGGCCAAGCGGGUCAACUUCUCCGUGA